AUGGACGUCGUCGUCGGGUUGCCGUCUUCUCCGCCCGAAUCCGGGUGCUCCUCGCCGUCCCUGACCGCGUCGCCCGAGUUCGAGUUCUGGAUGGUGGGCAAGAACCCGGGCUCCUUCCCCUCCCCCGCCCUGCUCACCGCCGACGAGCUCUUCUCCGACGGCAUUGUGCUCCCGCUCCACACCCUCCAGGCCCCUCCUGCCUGCCCCGACGCCGAGCAAGACCAGGGUGAAGAAGGCGAGGACACUGAGGCCGAUGCCGACCCCAACAAGCCGCCGGAGGAAGAAGGGGAGCCUGCCACGCAGGCGCAGCCGCUCGCGGAGGCCUGCGCCGUCCCGACGCCGGACCUCCCCGCGGUCACCUUCAAGUGGAAGGACAUCUUCAAGGCCACCGGCGAGUCCAAGGAACGCGCCAAGAAGGCGGAGCGCCGCGUCAGCAGCGUCAGCGGCAACGCCGAGCUCAUCAACAUCAACAUAUGGCCCUUCUCCCGGAGCCGCUCCGCUGGCCACUCUACCUCCGGCGCCAGCGCCGGCGCUAGCAGCAAGGCCAAGGCGACCAGUCCCAGCACCGGCAACGCCAGUGCCGCUGUUCCCAGCGCACCGGCGGCUCCAGCGACGGCGGCCGGGCGCAAGGUUAGCAGUGCGCCGUGCUCCCGGAGCAACUCCCGCGGCGAGGCCUCCGGUUCGGGGGCGCCGGCCGUCGCCAUUGCGGCGGCAGCUGAAAAGGCCGCUGCCCAAGCGCCCGCCACGUCCAUGCUGAGGCGGUGGGUUCCCGGCGGUCAGAGCAGAGCAGUGCUCGGCACAAACGGCAUCCGCCUGGGCAGGGCCAGCCCCGUCUGGCAACUGAGGCGCAACAAGCUACAGCAUCAGCAAGCCGCCGCGGAGCAGAAGCAGAGCAGCAAGAACAAGGCCGUCCCCGAAGGCGACGCCGCGACGAGCCAAGGCCAAGCGGACGCCGGUGAAGCAGACAAGGCGACGGCGUCGGCCGCAGAUGCAGCGCCGGCGACUGUGAGCGCGCCAGCCGCCGCGUGCCGGAACAACGCGGCCUGCGCGGAAGUCGCCGGCGAGGAGUGCGUCCCGCCGCAGGGGCUGUUCGGCCUCCGCACCUUCUUCUCCAAGAAGGUGUACUGA